AUGACUAAGAAACAUGGGUUGUGGAAACGAGUUAGGAUUCGGCUUUAUAAUUACCUUGUGCAGCUAUAUCAGGGUAUCCAGAAAAUCUAUAAACUCUAUGUUAAGGAUUUUUUUGUUACAGAGGAAGAAGAACAUAUUUCUUCAGCUGACAGUAUUUUUCACAAAGGAAAAAUUUUGGUGUUAGGUCAUAUGUUGAGAAAUAAGUCUUUGGCCCUGGAGAAGAGAGCUCAAGCUGCCUACAGAAUUGGAUUAUUGGCCUUCACAGGAGGACCAGCUGCUGGGAAAUUUGCAACUGAGUACAUGAAAGAAGUACAUGACCUGCUGGAAAACUGUGUGAUGACACCAAAAGUAAAGAUUCUGCUGCUCCAAAGUGUGGCAUGCUGGUGCUACUUAAACCCUAUCAAUCAGAGAAAAGCCAAACACUUGCAUUUUAUUCCUCUUCUGGUUGGUUUUCUUGAGGAGCCACAUGAAGUUCCUGAGAAAAGUGAAAGAAACAGCCGCCUCCUUGUUAAAUUUUGGACGUGUUACACCCUCUCUGCCAUGACCUGCAAUAACUUGUUUUGCAUGAAGGAACUUAAAAAUUUUUACUUCCUCAAAUAUCAACUGCAGGUAUUGGCUGUUGAGAAUUGGUCUGGAUGGCCUGAGAAUUUUGCAGAGGUGCUCUAUUUCCUUGUUGGUUUUCACAGGAUUUAA